AGAAGGGAGGACUUCGCCAUGAACAGCUUCCUCCUUAUCGCUGUGUAUGGAGCGACUCUUGCUAUCGCUUUAGCAUUUACUUUUACUGAAUACGGAAACGAAAAGAACACGACAGGCUAUAAAAAGUCUCAUGAUGACUUUGAACCGGAAUUUGAAGAUGCUUUAAGUGACUUGAAUAGGAAUGCUGAGGAUUAUGGCUUCUAUAAAAACGAACCAGAAGCUGACAUCGAUGAUGAAAAAGACGAUAACGAAGGCGAGGAAAGCGAUGUUUUGGAUUUAGAGAAGAGAGCACCGGACCCCAAAUCGCGGAAAGGGCACCCCCGCAGGUCUCUCAUCCGUCCAAAAGUAGGACGAGCCCUAUUGCGCCGCCGCCGUUCAGGAGUACGCCGUCGGCGUAGAAAUGGCUAAAGUAUGUCAAACAGUUGAUAUCCAUGAAGUCGAUUUAUGAAGACCGUCCGAGCUCGAAGACUAAAGAAAAAUUUAAUUUUAAAAUCCUUCUCUGCAGUAAUGUGUGGCCAUGACAAAGAAAUAUUAUUUAAAUCCUAGCUAAGCUUAGAAAUAGUUUUAUUUUCAUUAUACUAGAACAUUUCCUUUCAAAGUAAUGUAAACGUGGGCAAUAAUCAAGAAAUGUAAUUCGCGUA